AUGGUGCUGGUCAUGGAGGUGUGGGUGAGGCUCCGAGCGCUCAACAGGUGCAUCACCGCCGUGGUCGCCCGAUGCGGAGACCCACGCCUGUCGCAGCUCCUGUUGGAUCGUCCCCGGUCUGACAGCCGCCAGACGGAGCUGCGUCGCAUCCGGCUCGCGCACUUGGCCCUCCACCGCGCCGCGGAGCUGCUGCAGCGACACGUGGGCACCACCAUGGCGAUGACGGUGGCCAACACCUUCUGCGGCGCCACCUACAGCGCGUACGGGGUCCUGGAACUGUGGACUCUUCCGGAGAGGGCUCUGGUCUCUGCUGUGAACACUUCGAUACCGAUGGCUAUUCUGUGGACCUUCCUGAACGCGGUGAGGCUGUCCUCGGUGGCACUGCCUAGUUCGGCGGCUGCCAGCCAGGCGCAGAACAGGCGCAUGCUCGUCAUGAGGGCAGCGGCCGUGGGAGUUCCCUGGCCCAUGAGGUCGGAGCUGGCGGUUCUCCAGAGCCAGGUCGCCGACACGACGCGGUUCAGUUUCACUGGCGCCGGCUUCAUCAGGGUCGACCGCAGCCUGCUCGUCACUGUCCUCGGUACCAUCAUCACAUACCUGGUAAUCUUGGGACAGAUCUCUCUGUAG